AUGUAUGACACAUUCCUGCAUCACAUUCUAUGCAUACACCAGUUCGAGCAAAACGUGCAUCUUCACAUAAAGAACAUUGUUUUGCUCCCCAUUUACUAUAAGCCAUUUCAAAGAGUGUGACACUUGAUAAACGAUCAACCUAAAAUAAACACACACACAUAUAUAUAUAUUUAAAGAUAUUUUUAGCUUGUAUUGAUGAAAAUUAAAACUGCAUACUUCUCCAAAAGCAACACCAGGUACAUAAAGUGCACAUACUAAAUGUACCCAUUUGCCUACAUCAGUCUCUUUAAAAAUUCCACCUUUAUUAGGGCAAAGCUCACACGAAGGAUCUUCAAUACCUGCACUGCAAGCUUCACAAAACCAUGGUGCUGACUGACAUAAAGAAUCAGUACUUGAAAAACUUUCUACAUCUGAUACACCAUAACAACCUUAAAUAAAUUUAAUUUAAAAAUUAAAAAUAAAUAUUUAUAUCUGUUAUUUAUUGAUGCAUAUUUAUAAUUAUAAAUUAAAUUUAAAUUAUAAAGUUAUAUAUAAAUUAAAAAGUUCAAAAUUUUUACCUUCGUGCACGCUAACUCCACAUCCAUCACAUUCAACAAUUUCAUUAACAUCAUCGCUUCUAUCUCCUAAGCAACCACAACAAAUUAACAUUUUAUUUAAUUUAUCUUCAAUUGAACCACCUUUUAAUGCUUGUUGUCUAGCUUGUUCAAUUAUAUCUCCCACAGUUAAACUAGGAUUUUCCUUUUUAUUUAGUAAUGGGUCUUCCAAAGAAUCAUCUGAUUGGCCUGAUACAUCCUCCUCUUUCAUAAAAAUAAACAAUUUCAUAUUAAUUAAUUUUAGAACAUAUAUUGACAAUUUUAUAUUUAAAAAUUAUUGUACUGAUGACUAUGACAGUGGCCUAGGUAGUCUCUGUUUCGAGACAUUCAAAAUUUUACAGUUACAUGAGCACAAAAAUAUAGACAACCCCAUCAAACAGUUGAACUUUCUGUUAUUUUCCUAAAUUAACUUUACAAUAUUGUAAUUUAAACGCAUUCAACAAAAUAUAGAAAAUAAAUCCAUCUUUUCACAUUUUUAACUUAGACCACUUUCAUAAUUACCAACAUAAUGCCUGUGAUUAUGAAAGUGGCCUAAAUUAUGUAUUAUAUGUUUCAAGAUACUUGUUUUGCAUUUAUAUGUACAACAAAAUAUAAUACCAAUUUGAUAAUUGAAUUUUCUAUAAUUUUUCUAAAUUAACUUCACAAUAUUGUAAUUUGAAUGCAUUCAACAAAAAAUAUGGAAUAAUAAAUCCAUUUUUUCAUAUUUUUAACUCGGGCCACUUUCAUAAUUACAGGCAAAGUGCUGGUGAUUAUAAAAGUGGCCUAGGUUAUGUAUUCUUUGUUUCAAGAUAUUUAAGGUUUUGAAUUUACAUGUACAAAGCCAAUACUAACCUAAUAUGACAGUUGACUUUUCCGUGAUUUUCCUAAAUUUCACAAUAUUAAUAUAAUUAUUUAUAUUAAUAAAAUUUCACAAUAUUAAUAUAAUAUAAUUAUAUAAUUUGAAUGCAUUCAAUAAAAAAUAUGGAACAAAUCCAUUUCGUCAUAUUUUUAAUUUGGGCCACUUUCAUAAUUACCGGCAAAGUGCCGAUGAUUAUGAAAGUGGCCUAAGUAAUAUAUUUUUUGUUUCAAGAUACUUAUAUUGAUUUUGCAUUUACAUGUAUAAAAAAAAUGUAAAUGCGAUCUGAUGUUAUAAUUAAAUUUUUUGAGAUGUUUUUAAACUAACUUCACAAUAUUGUAAUUUGAAUGCACUCAAUAAAAAAAUAUGGAACAAAUCCAUUUUUUUAUAUUUUUAACUAUUUUAGACUUAGACCACUUUCAUAAUUACCGGCAUAGUGCCUGUGAUUAUGAAAGUGGCCUAAAUUAUAUAUUUUUGGUUUCAAAACAUUUAAAGUUUUGCGUUUGUAUAUGUAAAGAAACUUCCUUCGAUAAUGUUAUCCUUCUGACGCUGUGUUUCUACUCGUAUCAGAAACCAAUCGCCAUAUUGAAUCUCAAAAUCCUUCAGCGGGAAAUUGUAAUGCAUCUUAUAUUAACUUUUGGAUUCUCAAUUUCGAUUAAAUCCAAUUCAAAUCAUGAAAAUGAUAAAAAUACAAAUAAAGACAAGGUUAAAAAGCGAGAAGUACGGCAGCGUAGCAAAGAAAAAGAAAUAAGUAAGAAUGAAUUUGAAAUUACACAAUCUUUGAAAAAUGUUAUACAUAUCUAUGUUGAAAAUAACGAUUUUUGUUUAAGACCAAUAGUAUGUCCAAUUAAAAAAGAUACAUAUUGGGUUGUAUUUUCUGUUCAUCAUUUGGUUCACUUAAAUGAAGUACAAUUAAAAAAAUUUUUUAACUAUGUAAUUAUCUGUAAAAUAUUUUACGGGAAACAAAAAUUUUCUGAAAGAGCAAAAAAGGAUAAAGUAAAAAAAUUUUAUAUAGAUAAUAAAUCCACAAAUGUAAAACGAGAAGAAUUUCUUGAAUUGUAUCAUUCCAAUUCAACUAAACGUUCAAGCCCGUCACUUUUACAAACUAUAAUUACGGAUGAAAUUUAUGGCGAUUUUAGUAUGACUACAUAUUUUGAUGUAAUUCCAGACAGUACACACGAAUAUUUAUUUCGAAAAAUGUUAAGAAAAGGAUGUUUUCCAAUUGAGACUUUAAUGUUCGGAUUAUUUGAUAUAAAUUCAAUUAAAAAUGAAGUGAAAUCGUCAUCAAAACGAGUUAAAAAAUCUCAAAUCAAAAAAAAUAAAAAAGAAAAACAAAGACUAGAAAUAUAUGAGAUACGUUUACCGGCUGAAGUUUUGUUUUCUGGUAAUUUUUACACUUCAUAUAUACUUCGUCUUCUUAGAUUUAAUUUUUAUCAAUUUGAUAUGAUCAGAUCAGGAUUGAACAUAAUUUAAUUUUUAUCAAUUUGAUAUGAUCAGAUCAGAUUGAACAUAAUUUAAGCAUUCAUAUAUAAUGUUAUAUAUUACUUAUCAGAAUCCAAUGAUUACUAA